AUGAACAACAGCAUAACAAAUAUCGCAGAGGCCGAUGAACGCGACGGAAUCCGAUUCACGUUCAAUACGUGGCCUGGAACACGCAUGGAGGCAACAAAGUGUGUUAUUCCUAUGGCUUGCUUAUAUUCUCCUCUGAAGACGAUUUACGGAAUGCCGCCCGCUCUUCCUUAUCAGCCGGUUCGUUGCAGACAGCCGAAUUGCGGUGCGUAUCUGAAUCCUUACUGCCAGAUUGACUUCCGUGCGAAGCUUUGGACCUGCCCGUUCUGCGGACAGCGAAACCACUUCCCUCCCGAGUAUGCCCAGGGAAUAAACGAGACCUCUCUCCCCUACGAAGUCAUGCCUUCGUACACAACAGUGGAGUACGAGAUACAGGGCCGCCAGAGCAUUCCCCCCGUGUUCCUGAUCGUAAUCGACACCACGGUGGACGCGAAGGAGUUGAACAGUCUGAAGGACGCAUUGCAGCAGAACCUUGCGUAUCUCCCCGACAACGCGCUGGUCGGCGUCAUCUCCUUCGGCACCCACGUUGAGGUGCACGAGCUGACACAGACGGAGAUCUCCCGCUCCUACGUGUUCAACGGCACGAAGGAAUACCCCACUUCGAAAGUCGCGGAUAUGCUGGGUCUUCGCGGCUCCGUCGCUCAGUCCCAAAUCGGUGCCGCCACCUCCGCCUCGCGGUUCAUCAUGCCCUACGGCGACUGCUCUUCGGUGAUCGACACGCUUCUCAGCGAGUUAGAGAAGGACCCUUGGCCCGUGGGCGCGCAGCACCGCGCGGAGCGCAGCACUGGCUGUGCUCUGUCCGUGGCGUCGUCGCUGCUGGAGAUCGCGUGUCCGCAAUCGCCGGCGCACGUGAUGCUCUUCGUGGGCGGUCCGUGCACGUCGGGUCCCGGGUGCAUCGUGGGGACCAGUCUGGAAGAAACCAUCCGCGCUAACGUGGAUAUCGAGCACGACAAGGCGCCCUACCUCAAGGAGGCGCAGAAGUUCUACGAACGCGUCGCGGAGCGAUGCCGCAAGAACCACCAGACCGUGGAUCUGUUCGCGUGCUGUCUCGACCAGGUCGGACUCCUCGAAAUGCGGUCCUGCAUCGAAACCACCGGCGGACUGUGCCUGCUCGGCGACUUCUUCAGCCAGUCCGUGUUCGGCAGCUCGCUCAGCCAUGUGUUCCAGGUGUAUCCGGACGAGUACCGCGAGGGCGCAGACGCGGGGUCGCUGAUGAUGGGAUUCGGCGCGACGAUCGAGCUGCAGACGACGAAGGAGUUCAAGGUGAGCGGGUGCAUCGGUCCGUGCAUGUCGCUGAAGAAGGCGGGUCCCUGCGUGGGCGAGCUGGAGAUCGGCGAGAGCGGCACGAACUCGUGGUAUCUGGGUUGCAUCGACCCCACUACGACGCUGGCGUUCUACUUCGAAGUGUGCAACAGCGAGGAGUCGUCCAUCCAGAAUCGCCGUCGCUGCCUGCAGCUGGUGACCACCUACACGCACCCCAAUGGCCGGCUGCGCCGCCGCGUGACCACCGUCAGCGGAGGCUGGCACAUGGACUUCGCGCACAUGCAGCCCGUGGCCGCGUCGUUCGACCAGGAGUGCGCCGCAGUAAUCAUCGCGCGUCUGGCCACGCAGCGCUUGCUGGAGGAGCCCGUGUCGGACGUUCUGCGCUGGAUCGACCGCUCGUUGAUUCGGCUCUGCUCGAAAUUCGCGGACUACCGCCCCGACGACCCCAACUCCUUCCGUCUCUCCCCCGAAUUCGCGAUCUUCCCGCAGUUCAUGUUCCAUCUUCGUCGCAGCCAGUUCAUGCAGCACAUCAACUACUCUCCCGAUGAGUCCUGCUACCACCGCAUGAUGCUCUGUCGCCAGCCCACCAGCAACUGUCUGGUCAUGAUCCAGCCCGCCCUCAUCUCCUACUCCUUCAACGCGCCGCCGCAGGCCGUGCUGCUCGACGCCACCUCCGUGCGUCCCGACGUUCUCCUCCUUCUCGACACCUUCUUCACGCUCGUCGUCUUCCACGGAGCCACCAUCGUCGCCUGGCGCGACGCCGGCUACCAGAACCAGCCCGAGCACGCGAACUUCAAGCAGCUGCUGGAAAUGCCGCAGGAGGACGCGCAGAACAUCAUGGAGGACCGGUUCCCCGUGCCGCGAUUCAUUCUCUGCGACGAAGGAAAGAGUCAGGCGCGGUUCUUGAUGGCCAAGGUGAAUCCGUCGGUGACGCAGAAUUCGUUCGAUACGACAUGUGCUCCGGUGUUGACCGAUGACGUGUCUCUGAAGGUGUUCAUGGAGCAUCUGAUGAAGUUGGCGGUGCAGAGUUAG